AUGCGAAAGCAGUCGCUCCACAAGACAAAAAAAGAGAACAAAAGAAAGCUUGGAAAAAGAAAGAAAAAGAGGGAAUUAUCAAGUAGUGUCAAGGUCUUGGAUGUUAUCCUGCUUGAUCAUAUAGAGAAAGAGGAUAUUGUGAAGCAAGUAGAAAAGUCAGACUUCAGUUUCACUAUAGAUAAACAAGAUAUCAACAUGGAUAGUUUGGAAUACUUAAAACCAAAACUUCACCAGCAUGGAAUAAAUUUGUUACUCACACAAGGUGUUUUUUCCAAUCAUGCACUUCAAUUAAUACAGAAAGUGCUAAACAAUCAUGAUGAAAAUAAAAAAGGCAAACGAUUUAUCAAAAAGAAAAAUUACGACAGAUAA